UUUGAUCACCAGUCACGUGACUUCUGGUGACGCUGUGGCUGGCUGAUGUGGGUCAUGUGACUUGGUGACACGUUGUCAUAGAGACUAACCCCACCCAAAAUGUCGACUGCGCUGCUCCAGCUCCAGAAACGAGCGCUCUUCUCCAUGUGUCGGUGGGCGGGGCUGAAGCUACGAGCAGCGACGGGAUUAGCCGAGCGCGGCGGCAGCGGGCUGCGCUCUGAUUGGUCAGAAGUACAGAGACGCUCUGUCUGUCAGAGCCAAGCCCCGCCCCCUACACAGACGGCGGAGCGCUCCGGACCGGGACCAGAACCUCCGGACUUUGUUGCUCAGAGUGAGAAAGACUGACCCGGACCGUCGGAACCGAUCGGAACCGAUCUGCGGCUCGAUGUCCCGGCUGCUGGAGAGCCGGAGGGAAAAGGACCGGAUGAAGGAGAGCAGCCUGAAGAUCAAAGAGAAGGAGCGGCUGAAGGAGACGAGAGAGCGGGAGGCGCGCUCCAGCAGCGGCCACCUGUUCACCUCUCUCAGCGUAUCGGCCACUACGCUCUGCUCCUCCUGCAACAAGAGCAUCACGGCCAAGGAGGCGCUCAGCUGCCCAGGAUGCAACGUCACCAUCCACAAUCGCUGCAGGGACAGCGUGGCGAGCUGCGCCAAGAUGAAGCAGAGGCAACAGAAGCUGACAUUAGUCAGAAACAAUUCGGCUCUACAGAACGUCGCUUUGCGGACCAAAACUCCGAUGAUGAAGGAGCGCCCCAGUUCAGCUAUCUACCCCUCAGACACUCUGCGACAGUCUCUGCUGGGAUCCAGGCGGGUUCGGUCUGGCCUCACGCUCGCCAAGAGCGUCUCCACCAAUAACAUCGCAGGGGGUUCAGAGGAGUCAGUCGGUCUCCGCAGGAUUCUGUCUCAGUCCACCGAGUCGCUGAACUUCCGCAACAGAACUCUCUCCAUGGAGUCUCUGACCGACGACGGCGAGUGGUGGUGGAGCCCCCUGCUGGAGGAGCUGCAGGCGGAGGGCAGCUGCGUCCAGGCCGACAGCUGGAGCAUGGCGGUGGACUCCAAAUUCCUGCAGACGCAGCACAAAGACGUCAUCAAGCAGCAGGACGUCAUCUACGAGCUGAUCCAGACGGAGUUCCACCACGUCCGGACGCUGCGGAUCAUGGAGGGCGUUUACCGGCGAGGGAUGCAGGAGGAGGUUCUACUGGAGGCGGGUGUGGUCCACACCAUCUUCCCCUGCCUGGACCAGCUGCUGGAGCUGCACGCCAACUUCCUGUCCCAGCUGCUGAGCCGCAGGAAGGAUGGGCUGCAGGAGGGCAGCACCAACAACUUCACCGUCCGCCGCCUGGGCGACCUGCUGCUGCGACAGUUUUCAGGUCAGUUCGCUGAAGACAUGAAGAAGCUUUACUCCGAGUUCUGCAGCCGCCACCCCAAAGCCGUGAAACUCUACAAAGAGGUUCUGAACCGAGACCGCAGGCUGCAGCAGUUCAUCAGGCGGGUUUGUCGCGGUCCUCUGCUGCGCCGCCAUGGCGUCCAGGAGUGCAUCCUGCUGGUCACCCAGCGGAUCACCAAAUACCCGGUUCUGAUCCAGAGGAUCCUGGACAACACCAAAGGCUGUCCGGACGAGCGGCGAGACCUGCAGGAGGCCCUGGUCCUCCUGAAAGAGCUGAUCGGCUCGGUGGAUCAGGAGGUUCUGGAGCUGGACCGGAACCGGCGGCUGCAGGAGGUCCAGGCCCGGUUGGACCCGCGGGCCCAGGCUGAGGUGAAGGGAGGCGGCGCGUUCAGAGGGGGGGAGCUGCUGAGGAGGAAGCUCCUCCAUGAGGGGACGCUCACCUGGAAGGUGCAGGGUUCCAGGAUGAAAGAUGUGCAGGUCUUGCUGAUGUCAGACAUCUUAGUUUUCCUCCAGGAAAAGGACCAGAAGUUCACUUUUGCAUCACUGGACAAGUCCCCUGUGGUUUCCCUGACCAAGCUGAUCGUUAGAGAAGUAGCCAAUCAGGAAAAAGGGAUGUACCUGAUCAGCGACUCGGCGCCCCCAGAGAUGUACGAGCUGUACGCUUCGUCCAAAGACGACCGGAAGACGUGGAUGAGCUGCAUCCAGAAGGCCGCCCAGAGCUGUCCUUCCAGAGACGAGUUUCCCCUCAUUGAGACUGAAGACAAAGCUUUACAGCGCCGCCUCAGAGCUGACAUCCAGCAGAAGGACAAGGAGGUUCUGGAGCUCCUGCAGGAGCGGGUCACCUUGUUCUCCGACCUGGUCCAGGCCGCGGCGCGAGAAGACGGAGAGGAACGGCAUGUGGAGGCGAAGACCUCGUCCUCUAACCGGAACCUGUUCAGAGCCGACACGCCGCACGCUCCCAAAGCAGAACCGCUCCUUCUGGCCGCCAUUGGAGAAGUCGACAAACUGGCGGCUCUGCUGUCCGACUCCGGAAAUCAGAAAUCCUCCAUGACCAACGGCAACCAGGACAUCAGCAAUGGGGAUUCAGUUUCUGUCAACGGUUCUUUUAAGAUCAGCAACAGCUCUUCCAAGGACCGCAACGGAAACCAGCUGCAGGAACGGACCCUGAAUGAGGAAGUGCGCCAGCGGUUGGUCGCGCUCAGCACACAGCUUCACGGCCUGCAGGCGGCGGUGAUCCGGCAGGACUCAAUCCUGGAGCUGUCGGCGGGCGUUGCCCACCCGGCCGGCCCGGGCUCCGCCCCCCGCCUGGUGCGGUCGAUGUCGCGCGACGCGGCGCUGGACGCCAGCGGCGAGGCGGUGCUGCUGCGGCGGCAGGUGGAGCUGCUGCAGGAGGAACUGUCACGGCUGCGUCUGAAGGCGGAGGGCGGCAAGAAGGGGGCGGGGUCUGGAAAGAAGAAGAAGAAGAACAAAGGGAAGGGCGACGCCUCCAAGGACCAGCAGCAGGUGGACAGGAAGCCGGAGGCCGAGCCGCCCGCAGUCGCCCCGUUGGCCGUCGAGGAUCCCGUCGACCAAUUAGAUGGCCUGGAGGAGGGCCCGGAGGAGGAGGAGGAGGAAGUGAUGAAGAUCUCGCCGCGCUCCGACAGUCCCAGAGACCUCCAGGACAUUCCAGAGGAGAGCGAGAGCUAACCUCCCAUUGGACGUCACCGCCGUGACGUCACCGUGAUGUCACCGCCAUGACCAUGACGUCACCGUGAUGUCACCGCCAUGAUGUCACCGCCAUGACGUCACCGUGAUGUCACCGCGUGAUGUCACCGUGAUGUCACCGCCAUGACGUCACCGUGAUGUCACCGUGAUGUCACCGCCAUGACGUCACCGUGAUGAUGUCUCCGUGAUGAUGUCACCGUGAUGUCACCAGAGAUCCACUCGCUGUCGGACUCUUUCCUUCAACAUUUCCAAAAUUUUCUGUUGGAUACAGGAAGUGUAACCAUGACAACUGUUUACUGAUCAUGUCUGCUGGAGGGGGAGGGGCUUAUUA